AUGCCAGUAGAGACUCCAUCGGAGCGUCGAACCCGGUUGGGAUUAACCAGUGAUCAAGUUCAACCUAAUCCCGGUCGACCCCAAUCCGCCUGCGAGACAGCGAAUCACACAACCAGUUCGGCCAGUACAGUACAGUCCCGGUCGCCCCCGGUGGCCAAAAUGCGCCUGUGGACGUCCACACGAACUCGUUCUAAGAGCGGACUGGCAAGGUUAAACAGCUUCUUCCUGCUGGCGACUCGAGCCUAUCCAAACCAGAAAGAAUGUGAGCGUUUGGUCAAAGAAUUGCAGGGUUCGUUGCUAUUCGAAUCGUUUGUGCGUAACGAACAACCUACAGUUCCCCAGACAAUGCGAGAUACCGUCCAAGUCAGAAGAAGUCACACAAUGACCCCAGAACGGGAUUACAACCAAGAGGAUUUCUCUUACGUUGCAUUCUAG